GCGAAUCAUCUCUCUCCACCUAUCCCUAUCUUCUGCAUCCUCAACCCUUGCACCCACUAGCUUCAUAUCCGCAUUUAUUACUUCCAUAUACCUCCUCUUUGGCCUUCCCCUUUGCCUCCUUCCUGGCAACUCCAUGUCCAACAUUCUCCUACCGAUAUACUCACUCUUCCUCCUCUGAACAUGUCCAAACCAUCUUAAUCUGGCCUCCCUAACUUUGUCCCCCAAACGUCCAACAUGAGCUGUCCCUCUGAUGUACUCGUUCCUAAUCCUGUCCAACCUUGUAACUCCCAAAGAGAACCUCAACAUCUUCAGCUCUGCUACCUCCAGCUCUGACUCCUGUCUCUUCCUCGGUGACACUGCCUCUAAACCAUACAGCAUGGCCGGUCUCACCACUGUCUUGUACACCUUCCCCUUGAUUCUUGCUGAAAUUUUUCUAUCACACAGAACUCCCGACACCUUUCUCCACCCAUUCCAACCUGCCUGCACUGGCUUCUUUACCUCUUUCCCACACUCUCCAUUACUCUGGACUGUUGACCCCAAGUACUUAAACUCCUGUACCUUCUUCACCUCUUCACCCUGUAAUCUUACUGUUCCACUUCCCUCUCUUUCAUUCACACACAUGUACUCAGUCUUACUACGACUGACUUUCAUUCUCCUUCUCUCCAGCGCAAACCUCCACCUCCUCAGGUUUUCCUCCACCUGCUCCCUGCUCUCACUACAGAUCACAAUGUCAUCUGCAAACAUCAUCAUCAUUGUGAGACCUGCAAGCUCCAUCUAGAGGUGGCUUUAAUGCAAAUGCUAUCAAAGCCACCUCACUGCCAGUACGUCCUGCAGCUUGUGGAUUGGUUUGAAAUGGACAACUGCCUCCUGUUAGUCCUGGAAAGACCAAUCCCCUGCAUGGACGUGUACGAGUUAUGCUUGAGUGAAGGAGGCACACUCAGCGAGCUACUGGCCAAAAUGAUCAUGCUGCAGGUGGUCGAGGCUGCCCGCUACUGCCAAAGUCACAAGGUUUUCCACCGUGACAUCAAGGCGGAAAACCUUCUGUUCAACUCCGACACCCUGGACAUUAAAUUGAUCGAUUUUGGCUGUGGCGAUUUGUGGCAGGACACGCCCUACGUGGAAUAUGCAGGAACCCCAGAUUUUUGGCCUCCAGAAUGGAUCCAGCAACAACAGUACUACGCCGACCAUGCUACCGUCUGGAGUCUGGGCAUUCUCCUAUACAGCAUAGUCUGUGGAGAAAUGCCCUUCAGUAAUGAGGAGGAAAUUGUUGCUGGGUCCCUCAAUUUCAUACCUGGCCUGUCUGAAUCCUGCCGCCAUCUGAUCAACUGGUGCUUGGAGCAAGAUCCCACCAAAAGACCAAGCCUGAAGCAGAUCAGUAAACAUGGGUGGUUCACAGAAGGCCUUUCCGGUUAGCCAGCUUUUCCCUUCAGGGGUGGCCACGGCGAAUCAUCUCUCUCCACCUAUCCCUAUCUUCUGCAUCCUCAACCCUUGCACCCACUAGCUUCAUAUCCGCAUUUAUUACUUCCAUAUACCUCCUCUUUGGCCUUCCCCUUUGCCUCCUUCCUGGCAGCUCCAUGUCCAACAUUCUCCUACCGAUAUACUCACUCUUCCUC